AUGCAAGACUAUUCUGAAUUACCAUGUCCGUUUCCUAAAAUUGACCUAGAAACCUCGUAUGCUAAAGCAUUGACUCACCUUCGUGAAAAUUUUGCCAGUGAAGAAGCUUCACCUCUAAAACAGCAAGCGCCAAGCAUUGUGGAUUUCAUCAAUGACCAUGACAAUCCAGUUUCAUCAUCUGAAAUAAGCGAUCCAGGCUUUCUUUUAAAUCUUCAAGAAGCUGUAACAUCGUAUACGAUGACCUCUGAGCUAGGUUUUCCUGAGGAAUAUAAACCUUUUCAUAACAAUCCACUAGUGGACAAUAACCAAAUCGUUUGGCAAAGUCAACCAUCAUAUUCAUCAAGACAGCCAUUUUGCAACCAUCCAAGUGAUCCAACAACACAUCGUCUUCGACAUUUGCCUAUUACUUGUUUCAAUCCUUAUGAACAAGAUUAUUGUUCAUUUCCAUUCAGCCCGCAGCGUCUGUCCUAUUUUGAUUUCCCAUAUUCAAAUGAAGAAGAGAGCAAGAUGGUUCUACCAUGCAAUUAUUUUGAUCCAAACUUUGCUCUACCCCCAAUCCCAGACUAUUUCAAUGGAUCGCAAAUCCAGGAUGCUUUUAUACCGAUGCAGGGCUUGCCUCAUUUUUAUCCUCAAAAUUUAAUGCAACAAUCUUAUUUUAAUCCAUACCAAAUGGAGACGCACAGCGCCUCGCAAACCUGCAAUGACUAUCAUCUAACUAACGAGCGAUCCACAAAUUUCCUGAACGAGUUUCACCAGGAAAAUUUUCAUCACCUCCUUCACGACUGCCCUGACACGCGCAAUAUUGACUCCGAGGAUGGACUGCCUUCAACGACGAAUAAAAUUCCUGGAAACCAAGGAUACUUGGAAAAUUCUAUGAAUGUGGAUAUCUCUGGAACUCAACCCUCAUCACAUCAAGCAGUCAGUUUGAACGUCAAACGUCGUAAAAGGACCUCUUGUAUGUACGAAGGAGACCUCAAAGCAUCUGCUCCAAAGGCGUUUGGAGAGCCGGAAACGGGAACUGUUGUAAAGAAAACAAAUCAGACGAAUGCUCAAGAGGCACGCUUGAGUGAAGAGCCCAAACGACAAGCUGUAGACAAUGGAAAAGUGACAAGCAAGCGAGGCAGUCGGAGCUGUCCUGUAUGCGACCGGCAACUGGCAAGAACCUCGACUUUGAAGAUCCAUCUCCGUCAACAUUCCGGAGACAAACCUUUCAAAUGUGAUUUAUGUCCGAAAUCGUUUGCCCAGACAAGCUCACUCAAGUCCCAUCAUCGCACACACAGUGGAGAAAGGCCAUACACGUGCCCACGUUGUUAUAAAACGUUCGUGCAUUCGAGCGCGCUAAAGACACACGUGCGCACGCACACGGGAGAACGGCCUCAUCGUUGCCCGGUACCAACGUGUACCAUGGCUUUCGCUGAUAGUUCAAGCUUGUCGAAGCAUGCCCGCGUUCAUAGUGGCAAACGGCCUUAUAUCUGCGACGUUUGUGGCCGGCGGUUCACCCAGUCUGGAAACAUGCACAAACACAGAAGGUCGGUACAUAAAGAAACGAAUGAAUCUAUGGUGAAAAUGUGUUUGUGACUAUGGUUAUCUUUAUCCGAUUUCUCAAUCUCUUGUGUCAAUGAUGAACACUCAUUUCAAGUACAGUCUACUGACGGCUAACUAGUUCACGUUAAAAAACCAACCACACGCUGACCUCUAGUUUAGGCUAUGUUGUGUCUAUUGAUAUUGCUUUCCAUAUAAAA